AUGGUUCGCUCGGGUUCGUCUAAGAACCCAACAAUUAUUGUCAAAGAAGCUAGAGAUUUUUUGGAACAAUACCAGCAGGUCAACGGUGUUCAAAGUCCAACUGCUUCAAUUUUCGCGUCUUGGAAGCCUCCUAGAGAUGAUCUACUGAAGGAGGUUAAUUUACGCGUCUUGUGGAAGGGCAUGCGGUGGAAGUUGAAUGAGGAAGCAUUGAGCAUGGAAAUCAUAGCCUUGCAUGAAGCAGAGAGGUUUGCUCGACUUCAAGAGAUAGAGUCUAUUGUUUUAGAAGGGGAUUCUAUCCAAUUUUUGAAAUCUAUUAUGACUAUAGAUUCUGAUGAACAUGCGGAAUCCAGAGAUCCAGAGCUGCAAACCUGGAUAGGGUGCGGCUUGCAUUCAAAAGCUUCAGAGAUAACUAUGGUUCGGAGAAAUGAUAAUAGAGUGAGGUUUCUUGAGGUUCAAUUAUAUGGUGAGAGUGUGCUCUAG